AUGUAAAUUAAGAUAUUCUUUCUAUUUGUAUUUCUUAUAUAAUUUUUAUGUUAUGAAGAAUUAUCUUUAAUAAGAAAUCAAUAACAAUAUAAAAUAAACAUAUACUAAGUAAUAUCUAACAAGCAAUUAUCUGAAUAUAUAAAAAAGAAUCCUUGUCCUCAAGAUAUUCUAUAAUUUUCACAUAAUACAACCAUAUCAACUUAACUUUGUUAUUUUAAAGACCUUUCAUAUAAUAUAGAAGUAUUAAUUGGUGAUAUAAAUUUUAAUUACUAAAUAGCUGCAUUAGCAUUAGAUCUUAAUUCUCCUUGGACAUGGAUAAAGAGUCAUUAAUGUACUCAUUGCAUAUAAUAAAAAGAAGAAUAAAAAUGCUUUUAAAAUUGUUUAUUUGACUAAAGUCAGACUGAUUUUGUAGUCACAAACGCAUAUAGGAAAAAUAAGAAGGCAUAAAUUUCAUCUAAUAUUUAGUCUGUAUAUGGAGAGUAUAUAGAGAGUAACUUUUCUUUUAUGUCUUAUGAACCUGAAAAAAAUAAGAGUUUAUUUAGAUAUUUUGAAGAAUAUUUAUUAGAAGACGAAUAUUAAAAAUAUUAGGAUAUUACUACUUUACCAAAUUUCAAAUUAGUUGCAGUUUCUAAAAUGGUUAAUUAUUAAAAUUUCACUGCUGAUGGGGCAAUUGCGCUUGGCGUGUCUAAUGUUUAAAAAGAAUAGAAAAAAAUAGAACCGAAUACUGAUUUUUUAUAAGCACUAAUUAAUGUUACAGAUGACGAUGAAGAUUAAAAUUCUUUCGAGAAAAAAAAUAAAAAAGUCUUUGGAAUUUAUAUUAAUGAAAUAGGAUAUUAUUUCCCCGAUUAUGCACUUACAAUUGGAGGUAUUAAUUACAAAUAUUCACAUAAAAAAGUUUAAAAUGCACAUUUUGUACCUCUUAAUGAUGAAUCUCAAUAUUAUUGGGCUUUACCUUUAAAAAGUAUGGAAAUUAUAUAAUCUGAGAGUGAUUGGAAUAAUCAAUAGGUAAAUAAUAAUAGCAUCUUUUUUGCAAAAAAAUAAGCUAUUAUUACUUUAAGUACAAGUUUAAUUGCACUUCCUUUACAAGAAUUUAUAAGCUUUGUAAAGAUUCUUAGCAGAAUAAGUAAGGCGAAUUGCAAAGUUGUAGAUUAAAAUUUAUAUGUGGUUUAUUGCAGAUAAUUUGAUAUAAAUCUAGUACACAAAGGAAUACUUGCUAUAAAUUUUGAUAAUGAUGUUUAGUUAAAAUUAAACUUUUUAGAAUUAAUAAAAGAAUGCAGUUUAGAUACUUCAGAAAAUGAAAAUUUUGAAUUAUAAGAUUGCAUUUUUAAUGUUUAAUUAUCUUAAACUAAUAAUGUUAUACUUGGCGAACCAUUCCUCAAAAAGCAUUACACCAUUUUUGAUUCUGAUAAUAAAUAAGUUGGGUUUUUACCUGCUGCUGAUAAUACUUUUUGGAAAGAAGAGUUUUAUUAAACUCCCUCAUUUAUUAAGUUAGCCCUAUAUUUAUAUUUUUAAUUAAAUUAUUAUUGUAUUAUUAAUUAGAUAUUUAUUGAGAAUUGUUGUCUUUGUAUUUAUUUUUGGAAUGCUUUUAAUUGUUUUUAUGUUUUAAAUUAAUAAAUUUUAUGCGUGGACAAAAUCAAAAUAUUAUAAAGAUAAUAAUCAAAAAGACGGAUUAUCAUUAAAAAAAAUAAAUUAAGAAGAUAUUUCUUAUUAAGAAGUGGAACUAGAAAUGAGAAAAAAGGCUUUGGAUGA